UACUGAAGCGUAGACGUGCAGAUUAGGUUGCCAUGUAUUAUACUGUAUUUUCUGUUGUAUGGCAGAUAGAAGGCUUAAAACAAAAUACCCACUCUGAAGUGAGUGGCUGGCAUCUUUUCAACCCGGAAGUUGCAGUCUGUAGUGCAGCCUGCUUGCCCAGCCAGCCAAUAGAGUGAAAAAUUGUCUCCGCCAAUGACUCAAGCGAAGGACGGAGGUGAGAUUAUCAGGGAUUGUCAUUAGCAGCGGUCCUUCUGUGUAUAAAGGCAAAUAACCGCAAUGGGCAGCACCGACUCUAAACUGAACUUCAGGAAGGCAGUUAUCCAGCUGACGACCAAAACACAGCCAGUGGAAGCCACAGACGAUGCCUUCUGGGAUCAGUUCUGGGCAGACACCACCACCACGGUCCAGGAUGUUUUUGCACUGGUGCCAGCUGCAGAGAUAAGAGCUGUUCGAGAGGAGUCCCCCUCAAAUUUAGCGACCCUUUGUUAUAAAGCCGUGGAGAAGCUUGUCCAGGGAGCAGAGUCUGGUUGUCCCUCUGAGAAAGAAAAGCAGGUAGUCUUGAACUGCUGUCGCAUCCUGACCCGCAUCCUUCCCUACAUCUUUGAGGACCAGGACUGGAGAGGAUUUUUCUGGUCUACAGUGCCUGGUGCUGGGCGGGCUGGGACAGACGAGCUGGAUGAUGAUGAAGGAGCUCGACCACUGGCCGAGUCGCUGCUCCUGGCUAUUGCUGACCUCCUCUUCUGCCCUGACUUCACUGUGCAUAGUCACAAGAGGGGCCCCGACUCAGUAGAGAGCAUGCAGUCCAUAGACAGCUGUGAAUACAUUUGGGAGGCAGGGGUGGGAUUUGCACAGUCGCCCCCUCUAAACUACAUCCAUGAUCUGAAUAGGACAGAACUGUUGAGAUUAUUACUGACCUGCUUCUCUGAGGCCAUGUACCUCCCUCCCUCAUCAGACAACACUAUCCUCAAUCCUUGGGUGACAUUUUUCUGUUCAACAGAAAACAGACAUGCUCUGCCUCUAUUCACGUCUCUCCUGAAUGUGGUGUGCGCUUAUGACCCGGUGGGUUAUGGCAUCCCGUACAACCACCUGCUCUUCUCUGACUACCGGGAGCAGCUGGUGGAGCAGGCGGUACAGAUCCUCAUUGUGACACUGGAGCAUGAUGGAGGGAUUCCCCACCCCCCUGCCUCUCCAUCCAGCAUAGAGGAACAAGAGUCUACAGGACCAGAAAACCUGUUUGUGAAUUAUUUGUCAAGGAUUCACAGAGAGGAGGACUUUGAUUUUGUACUGAAAGGCCUCGCUCGUCUGCUGACCAACCCUUUGACCCAGACUUACCUGCCUAACUCCACCAAGAAGAUCCAGUUCCACCAGGAGCUUCUGGUGCUUUUCUGGAAACUUUGCGACUUCAAUAAGAAGUUCCUGUUUUUUGUCCUGAAGAGCAGUGAUGUGUUGGAUAUCCUGGUUCCUAUACUGUACUACUUGAAUGAUGCGCGGGCCGACCAGUCACGUGUUGGACUCAUGCACAUUGGUGUGUUCAUUUUGCUGUUGCUGAGCGGUGAGAGAAACUUUGGCGUGCGCUUGAAUAAGCCCUAUUCUCUCCAUGUGCCUAUGGACAUCCCGGUGUUCACAGGGACUCAUGCUGACCUCCUUAUAGUGGUGUUUCACAAGAUAAUCACAACAGGCCACCAGCGUCUCCAGCCUCUCUUUGACUGCCUACUAACCAUCAUUGUAAAUGUUUCCCCUUACUUGAAGAGCCUGUCAAUGGUAGCAGCUAAUAAACUGCUCCACCUGCUGGAGGCCUUCUCCACCACCUGGUUCCUGUUCUCUGCAGCUCAGAACCAUCACCUGGUUUUUUUCCUUCUUGAGGCUUUCAACAACAUUAUCCAGUACCAGUUUGAUGGAAACUGCAACCUGGUUUAUGCCAUAAUUCGCAAGCGUAAUGUGUUCCAUCAGCUGGCCAACCUGCCCUCUGACCCCAGUUCCAUCCAGAAAGCUUUGCAAAGGAAGAAGAAGUCACCCGACGUCAUUUCCCGCACCAGCUCCCAAGAGACUGUAUCCAUGGAGGGCUCACACCCUGCAGUGCCAGCGGAGCCCGGUACACUGAAGGCCAGCCUGGUUGCUAUGCCAGGCAUUGAUAAACUGACUGAGAAGUCCCAAGUAUCAGAGGAUGGCACCAUGGUGUCAGUUCCAAAGACAGACUCCCCAAACACUGUCCACCCAGACCAAAGUGCAGUUACUGGGACCAGCGACACGGAGUCUAACUCAGGCAGGGACAGUGAAGAUGUUUUCUACACUGAAGCAGAAAUGGAGAGAAGACGUUUAUCAAGUGCAUCAUCAGCGUCCUUUUGGGCUCCCACACCAGAAUGGGUCCUCUCUUGGAAGUGUAAGCUACCCCUGCAGACCAUCAUGAGACUUCUACAGGUGCUGGUGCCCCAGGUGGAGAAAAUCUGCAUCGACAAGGGUCUAACAGAUGAAUCAGAGAUCCUAAAGUUUCUACAGCAUGGCACAUUAGUGGGCCUGCUGCCGGUUCCUCACCCCAUCCUCAUUAGGAAAUAUCAGGCCAACGCAGGCACCGCCAUGUGGUUUCGCACCUACAUGUGGGGCGUCGUUUAUUUGCGCAAUGUUGAUCCUCCGAUCUGGUAUGACACUGACGUCCGACUAUUUGAGAUCCAGAGGAUGUAGACUAUCAAUGAAAAUGACACUAGGCUUCUUCAUCCCUUCAGUAUCUGCUGGUUUUGUGGGAAACCUGAUUGUGUUGAAACUAUCCUUGUAAACCUGUUGCUUGCUUCUGACACAACCAAACUAGACAGGGGAGUCAUUCAGAUGAGUGGAGUAGAGAUUUCUGUCUAUAUUAAGAUAGAAAGUGUUUGAAUUAUCACUAGUGUCCAUAAACAACUGUGUUUGUACAUUUCUUCAAACCUUAAGACCGCAGAAUGUUUGUCAAAGCACUGAGAUGACUGGAGUGUUUGGUAAGGGCUGAGGCAAAUUUUAGCAGUAUAAAAGUGAAAGAGGGAAUAUUGUUUAACUUUCAAAGAUGUGUAACAUAUCUUGUAUAGCUCAACGUUAUCAUUCCAAUAUUAUUUGUUGUACUUGAAAUGCUUUAAAGUGAACUUGCACCUUUUUGAGUUGUCUUUUGUGGUUGAAAUUUAUGUGAUUAUAUUUUGAGACAGAUUGUAUGUUUUUAUGUAUAUGACCAGGUUUCAUUUUUGAGAAAUGCUUAUAAUGUUCUAUGCUGAAAUUGUAUUUUCCUUAAAGUGUCCUGAAAAAAAAAAAAAAUCUAAUAUAUAACAUGUAUCUGCAAAUUCUGUAUUGGUCACAUUAUGUAUGACAGUGCUGUAAAGCAAAAUCUGAAAUUC